AGAAAUGUCAGGGUUAUAAGUGUGUCCUGAUGGUUAAUUAGCCCUGCCUUCCCUUCCUCUUUCUGGUGAAUAGCAAUAAAAGAGUCAAUCAUUCACAGAGAUUUUAUGUUCACAGAGAUGGUAUGACUGUGACUUUAUGUAGUCCAAGACGAGGAAGUGUCGGCUUUUUCUUGUUUACAGUGGUAUAUAAAUGGCCAAUUUUCAUACAUGAAGAUGAAUGGCCAGCCCGGCACACUGCCUGCUGAUCUGUAGCUCUCACCACCACAACCCUGUCAGAACUAACAGAGGUAAUGUGUUGUUCGUCAGAUGUCCGUUUGUAUUUCGAUUUAUCACCACAUCCUGUGUAUUUGAUUAUCGAUCUACCAUGCUUUGUCAGGCUUUUACGUCAUACAGUUGAUUUAUAAAGGCAAUUUUCAGACAAGGUAAACAAAUUGCUAGAUUUUCAUAGUGAUACUUGGGUGCUCAAAGUCGACAUGGGGAUUAGGUUGUUUAAUGACAUUUGUCAAGGUUUUCUAAAAGUAUAGUAUAUGCUUUAACCCACUGUAAUAUAUUCAAUGAAUGUGUUCACAUAAUAUUAUGGGUUACAGCAUGUGUCUUUGAACUAAUUUGUUAAUUUUAACAACAACCUCAGUAAUUACAUGUAAAAAAAUAUAUAUAUAUUAUCCCACAUUCGUCAUACUCGUAUAAAAGUUGAUUCUGUGUGCUACAUUAUGGCAGGCAAUAAACCUGCGUCAUACUACAGCUUUUGAGGUAGUUCAAAUGGGGACAUAGAAUCUAUUGAAAACAUCUAAUUGAUGUGUCCCUAUCCACGGCAUUUAAUCCCCAUUGUAAUUCCCAUGUUUGUAGACUGUGUCAUGGCACCAGUUGCCUCAGCCAUUCAGUCGUUGUUAUCACAGUUUGUCUUUCCUCCUCAAGUAUGGAUUGUAUUGUGUUGAGGCUCUUCACAUUCACAGGUGUGUUAGCUGCCUGCUGUCACCACAUUCAUGUUUUUUUCCUCUCAGAGGGAAGCAGGUGCUUUGUUUUCCAGGUAUCCUAGAGACCGCAGGACCGGAUCUGUGAAAAACGACGACGUAUCCAAGCCUCUUCCUUAAUAUGAGGUGUGAGUCUGGAGCCUGAGGGUGAAAAACAGGAUCAUUAAGAGAUGAGGGGGCUUCAGUUCGUCUGUAGGCAGACUAAGAGGACUGUCGGUGGAUUAUCUUGGCUAUCUGUUUAAGGUGAGGCUCUCUCAGUGUUAUGAUAUGACAUACCUGGUUCACACGGCUCACCCUCAGUUCGUCAGCCUGUGGUUGAGCGCCGUGGGUUGGGUCCUUACCGCGGUGACCCUUGGACUCAUCCAGUGGAGGGUCUGGCACGUGGCCGACUUAACCUUCAUCACCUCAGGAGUGGCCUGGGUCGGGAUCUGGAGGGUGUGUUUCAAUAGCCAUACACUCGUGACCUCUAAGUUCAGGGUCAUGUAUUGUCAGAGUAUGGCGCUGUCGGACGGCUUCACGCCCCCGGAGGUCGCCACGGCCCAGGUGCUCGUUCUACUAGCGCUGAUCUUGGGGUGCUGUGGGAACGCCGCCGCCGUCUACGCACUCAGGAACGUCUAUUUCGGACUGGAGAAGCAGACACCUAUCCGCUGUGCGUUCACAAUGGCUGGUACUCUGUGCUUGUUGUCAGCCGUGUGUUCUCUCAUACCUCUCCUGUGGAACUUGAACUCAGUGGUGACCAACCAAACGAUUGCGUUCCCUCCGAACUUCCACAUGCCCCCUGCACCUGUGACCCAGUACGCGGGGGCAGGUAUCGGGGUCGGGAUCAUAGGGUCGUUCAUGGUGAUCAUCAGUGGAGUCAUCUUCAUCUCCUACAGGUUCCCUGUCAAGAUGGGACCCAGAGUGGAGCCUUCUUGUCCAGAGGCAAGACACUUUGAUGGGUCAAGUGUUGGGACAUUGUCCCCUGGGUCUGUGGGACACAGUAGGGUUAGUCUGAGUAAAUCUCAGGCCAGGGACAAUCCCGCCUUCCACUCUGAUGAGCACUUGUGAUUUUUGUUUGUUUCUGAAAACAGACAUCUGAGUUGACCAUAUUAAAUGUUGUAGUUGAAGCAGAAUAGCCGUUUGAUGAAACUAUAUGGUUAGUAUGAGAACCCUGUAUAACGACUUAAAGGAGCAAUCUGCAAUUGUUACAUACAAUUUUUGAAUUUUAAAUUAAUUAUAUUCACUGAGUAUAUCAAACAUUAGGAACACCUUCCUAAUAUUGAGUUGCA